CUUCAAGCUCAAGAACAAUAGGGUUGUGGAAAAAAGAAAUCGUUUGAAAAACCCAGUUUUUGGAUGGUUUUAGUGUAAUCAAGCAAAGAGAUUUAAUUUUUGAAGCACUCUCAGAAAAAAUGCAGGUAGAGAAUUGUGGGUUCAGUGAAUUUGUUGGCUGUUGUCUUUUUAGCUAUAUAUGGUAUGGUAUUUUAUGUUGAUCCUUGCAAAAAAUAAAAAAAUAAUUUUGUCAAUAAAAACUGUCGGAUAAAUUUUGGUGACAAGAAAGCUAACAAAUUAGUACUACUAGCUGAUAUUUUAUGCAUCAUGAAUGAUGUUUUACCCAAAGAUUUGAUUUUCACAUUUUAAUUUUCUUUAUUUUUGGGUUCUAAGAAGCAAGAAUUUGCAAUCACAAAAACCCAGAAAGAAACCUACUUUUUUUCACAAUAAAGAACCCUAUUUUGAAUGCUGUUUUUUUAUUUUUGAUAAUCAAUGUGGAACCCUAUGAUCUUGUGGUUAUUAGGGUUCUUCAUCUCUGCGUUCAAACAUGGAAAUUAAUUACUACUGAUGCAGUUUGUCCUUUUAAACACCUCAAUUUAUGACUCAUCUAAUUUCUACUGUGUGUUACUGUGUGGGGGAGAAUGUGUGUUUCUUUAUAUUUUAUAUUCCAUCAAAUUGAGGUAUUUUACUAACAAGAUUGCUCUUUUAUGUGAUUGGAAAUGACUUUAGCUUCAUUUUACAGUCUGUAAAAAAGAAGCAACAAAUGUAUACGAUUUAAUUGAUGAUGCUUCCAAUUCGUCCCACUCUCUCUAAAUCACACACACACAGUGAUCACUGAUGUUGUCAUUGUUUCAGAAAAAGUCAGAAGCACUGAAAGGAGAGAGAGAGAUUUAUGAUAAGGGCUUCUUUAAUUAUUGCACAUCUCUUGGUUAUUGUCCAUAUAUGAGUGGUGCUGUGAUUCUUUUGCAAUUUGCAGGCCCUUAAUUUCAAGAAUUCCCCCUCAAUUUUAGCUACGUUAACAAACCUUCGUUAUCCAAGCAUAUAUCAUCAAAUUCAGCCAAAAAGAAAGAUGCUUACAUGUCCUUAUUUAUAUGUGUUAAUGUUCCAUUUGGGAGCAUGUUUACUAUUGUUACUGUGAGAUGCGGGCAUUGCUCAAAUUUGCUCUCAGUCAACAUGGGAGCUUUGCUUCAGUCUGUUCACCUCCAAGAUUUCCAGAAACAGCAAUCCUUGGCCGCCUCAGCUGCAGCCGCCUUAGAAGACGUCGCCACCAGAGACAACGGCUCCUCUUCCAAGUACAACAGAUCAUACAGCCCCCUCGACAUCGAACAACCUAAGAUGGCUCCAAUACGCCCACCGGAGAAAAGACAACGUGUUCCAUCAGCAUACAAUCGUUUCAUAAAAGAGGAAAUUCAGAGGAUUAAAGCAAGCAAUCCUGAGAUUAGCCACCGUGAAGCCUUUAGCACAGCUGCAAAGAACUGGGCACAUUUUCCUCAUAUUCAUUUCGGGUUAAAGAUGGAAAGCAACAAACAAGCAAAGAUGGAUCAUCCUGUUGCAGCAGGAGAAGCCACAGCUCAACAAUCUCUUGGUGUUUAGAAUGGUUAAUUUUGCAAAAUAAGGUUUUAAAAAAUGCAUAUUUCCAUCCCAAAAAGUAUGAAGAUCGUGGUCGUUUGAUCCCUCUAUAUAUACACUAUAAGUCAUAAGAAUUGUUAUAAUUCAUAAAAUAACUGAAAUAUUAUGAGGGGUUCUACACCAUAAUAUCUUCAACUCGAGGGUUGCAAAGAUGCAAUUUUUUAUUUUCCCAUGAAAAUAAUUUAGUAGGAGAAUUCCAAAUAUUUGAAGCCAAACAUGAUAAUAUAUAUGUAUAUGUCUAAGUCUAAGUCAUUAUUGCCGUUGUUAACUGUUUUUGAUAUAUGAGAUUGAAUUCUUGAAUUUAUAUAUAUAUGUUCAUUUGUUGUA